AUGGCCGCCGCGCUCACCGACAUGGCCGACCUGGAGGAGCUCUCCCGCCUCAGCCCGCUGUCCCCCGGCAGCCCCGGGCCCGCGGCGCGCGGCCGGGCCGAGCCUCCGGAGGAAGAGGAGGAGGAGGACGACGAGGAGGCGGAGGCAGAGGCGGUGGCCGCGCUGCUGUUGAACGGCGGAGCGGGCGGCGGCGCGGGGGGCGGCGAGGCGGAGACCAUGUCGGAGCCGAGCCCGGAGAGCGCCAGCCAGGCGGGCGGGGACGAGGACGAGGACGACGAGGACGACGAGGACGAGGGCAGUAGCAGCGGCGGCGCCGAGGAGGAGAGCAGCGCCGAGAGCUUGGUGGGCAGCAGCAGCGGCGGCUGCAGCGGCGACGAGACGCGCUCGCUCAGCCCGGGCGCGGCGAGCAGCAGCAGCGGCGAUGGGGACGGGAAGGAGGGCCUGGAGGAGCCCAAGGGACCUCGGGGCGGCCCGGGCGGCCCCGGCAGCGGCGGCGGUAGCAGCAGCAGUAGCGUGGUGUCGAGCGGCGGCGACGAGGGCUACGGCACCGGGGGAGGCGGGAGCAGCGCGACCUCCGGGGGCCGGCGGGGCAGCCUGGAGAUGUCGUCCGACGGGGAGCCGCUGAGCCGCAUGGACUCGGAGGACAGCAUAAGCAGUACUCUAAUGGACAUAGACAGCACAAUUUCCAGUGGACGUUCGACUCCAGCCAUGAUGAAUGGACAGGGGAGCACUACUGCUUCAAGCAAACACAUUGCCUAUAACUGUUGUUGGGACCAGUGCCAGGCGUGCUUCAACUCCAGCCCAGACCUGGCAGACCACAUCCGCUCCAUACAUGUAGAUGGUCAGCGUGGAGGGGUGUUCGUUUGCUUGUGGAAAGGUUGUAAGGUGUAUAACACCCCAUCAACCAGUCAGAGUUGGUUACAGCGGCACAUGCUGACACACAGUGGCGACAAACCUUUCAAGUGUGUAGUUGGUGGCUGCAAUGCCAGCUUUGCUUCUCAGGGAGGGCUAGCUCGCCAUGUACCCACACACUUCAGUCAGCAGAAUUCCUCAAAAGUUUCUAGCCAGCCAAAGGCCAAAGAAGAAUCUCCUUCUAAAGCUGGAAUGAACAAGAGGAGGAAACUAAAGAACAAAAGACGGCGCUCAUUACCGCGACCACAUGAUUUCUUCGAUGCACAAACACUGGAUGCCAUAAGACAUCGAGCCAUAUGCUUUAAUCUCUCUGCUCACAUAGAAAGUUUAGGGAAGGGACACAGUGUUGUUUUUCAUAGUACUGUAAUAGCUAAGAGAAAGGAGGAGUCUGGAAAGAUAAAGCUUUUGCUUCAUUGGAUGCCGGAAGACAUUCUGCCAGAUGUAUGGGUCAAUGAAAGUGAACGACAUCAGUUAAAAACUAAAGUAGUUCAUUUGUCAAAGCUACCCAAAGAUACUGCCUUGCUGUUGGACCCAAACAUUUACAGAACAAUGCCGCAGAAGAGGUUGAAGAGAACUCUGAUAAGAAAAAUGUUCAAUUUGUAUUUAAGCAAACAGUGAACGACAUUUGCAAUCAACUAAAAAUUCGUCUAUCGAAUUAGGUCUGAGAAUUACUGUCAAAGAGUGUUGCCGUAUGUCUGAUGGCUCCCUUUUCAGGACUAGGGUCUCUCAUGGGGCACAGCGUGUUCAUAUUUACCUACAUGACUCUUGUCAAUGGUUUUUGAAAAAAACCUCACUUUCAAAUUAUUUGAAUACUCUCCAUAUUUUCAUUUAACCUCUGACUCUUUAAUUUUUUUUCCCCCUGAGGAAAGUGUUUUUUGAGAUUUUUUUUAAUGUUAAAAAAUUGUAUUUUUUUUUAAAAUAUCUUCAAACUGAAUCUUUUUAUGCACCAAAGUUGGUUUUGAAAAGGAAAAUAAAAUCACUUUCUUGCUUGGCAGGCAAGAAGCCAUA